CUUAUUAUCUCGAGAUCCCGACUUAUUAUCCCGACUUAUUAUCUCGAGAUCCCGCGACAUUUCUGAAAAAUCGCGAGUUACUUUUUUUGGGGGGAAAGGCAUGUUUUUAUGCGGUAAACGUGGGGGAGUGUGUCUACAUUGAUUAUGGAGGACGACUUAUAUCAUUUUCUGCGGUCCAGAGAUGUCCCAGAGGAGGAUAUCAUGCACAUGCAAAGAGACAAGGUAAAUAUAAUCGCAUAAAACAUUGUUUGAUAAAUAUCCGCUCAGUGAAAAACUACGUUUGAUAGCCUUAGCUAAGAACCGCUUUGUAUUUUAUCAAGAAAAACUUGUUUUAUCUGUUAAAGUUUGACCACACAUUCUACAAUUUGUCUUCAAAAAAGGGGGUUACUAUGGCAACGGCACAACAAAUUAUGCGACCCAUAACUAGCAGCGAUAGUGCUACACAAGAAGUCUUCGCAUGGCUUUCUGAAAUACAACUAUUACUAUAUAUAUAUAUAUAUAUAUAUAUAUAAAGAUGUGGAUGUCUUUAUUCUAAUUAUUUUUUUAUUUUUUAUGUCUCCAGGUGGACAAGGCUGUGCUGUCUAUAAUGACAGACGAACAGAUGACCAAUUACAUCACUUCAUAUGGUGACAGAAUAGCAGUUCUGUCUUUUUGUCAGCAAAGUACACUUAUUGCAGAAAAAGAUACUCUUCUCCAGAACUUAAGAGAUAAAAUUGGAGCACGGAAAAUGAGAUCUAGGACCAAAAGAGCUGUUUGUAGCACAUCUGGUUUGUUCCAAAUGCAAGGGGUGGAGAUGGCAAGAGGAAGAAGUAAGGCAGCAGGGAGGACUUCGAGAAAAAUUGAAAUUGGGUGGCUUCAUUUUCACAUUGAUGAAUACCAACAAGUGAGAACAAGAAAUGGUGGAGGAACGAGGCAUGCAACAGUGGAUAAAAGUACAACUGUUUCUCAAAUUCUUGAAAUGGGAAAGGAGCUUUUUUUUCCAGAUGGGACCUCCACCAAAGGGGUAAUUGAAGACUUUCUUUUUGAAGUUUGUGACUUCAAAAAAAAUCUGAUUUCUUUAGAUGAAACAGUCGGAAAUCUUUAUGAAAAAACCAAGCUGAAGCUUUUACGGUUUUACAUGUGCACAAAGAAAGAAGAAACAGUUCAGUAUUCAUCUGAAGAAGAUUGUCAAAGUCCUGAACAACCAAAUGACAUGGAUUCAACCCCAACAGCUAGAAAAGGAUCUUUUGGUGAAAUGGAGGAUUGUGAUGAUCAAACUUUGAAUCACCUAGACUCUUCCUACAACCAUUCUGGAGUUGUUGAUUUUACAGAUCCACCUCAUUCUGGAUCCACACCUCGGCAGCCCCAGCCCUUCAGCUCUGAAAAUUCUGGAUCUGUUCCACACAUGGAUGAGGGAGACACGGUUGUAUGGAAUCCUGAAGAGGACCUAAUUGGAUUGGAUGAUGACAGUGACAUAGUCGUUGUAACACUAAAUUAUGACAACACUGAAGAAGUUGUACAGGACGAUCUCAGCAGUCCCUUUGGACACGGUUCCCCGAUACUGUUGCCUUCAGCCAGGAGUCUCUUCUCAUCACAAAUGCAAACCAGUAAUAUGGAGGCAGGACAAACUGGCCAGGACUCUGGCUUGAUUCCACCCGAAGAUUCUCACCCAAGUUCAAGCGGUCUACUGCCCCAAUCUGUUUCAGCUGGUAACUCAGAAAAUCUAGCAAACCAUCUACAUGUGUCAAUUCGCAGGAUCAAGGUUGUGGAAGAUCUUUUGGCUGUGUUUAUGGAAAACAACCUUUUGAAUCAGACUUUAAAAAUGGAGUUUGUGAAUGAAAGAGCAAUCGAUGAUGCUGGGGUAUCAAGGGAGGUUUACACUGCAUUUUGGGAGCAGUUUUUGGAACAGUGUGAGGGUGAAACAGAGCGAGUUCCCAGGUUGAGGCCUGACUUUUGUGAGUCUGAAUGGCAAGCCAUUGGACACAUUUGGGUCAAAGGAUUUCUAGACCAUGGAGUCAUUCCAGUGAGGCUAUCGAAAGCUUUCAUUUUAGCUUGUGUCCAUGGAAUUGAAUCAGUGGAUGAUGAUGUAUUGAUCCCAUCAUUUCUCAACUACCUCCCUCUAGUAGAGAGAUCAGCUGUUGAGAAGGCUCUACAGGGCACCAUGGAUCAAGGUGAUGAAGAGGACUUGCUAGACCUCUUCACAAGGAUGGGGUCCCACUUCCUGCCUCCCAAUGAGAACAUUCAGCAGGCCAUUGAAACCAUGGCUCACAAGGCAAUUCUUCAAGAGCCAAAGUAUAUAUUGGAUUGCUUCUCCACAUCCAUGGCAUGUGUACAAGUGGAACUUGCUGACAAGAAAAGUCUGUUGUCUUUGUAUGAAAAAAAGAAGGCCUCAGGUAAAAGACUGUUACAGCUGUUUGAAUCAGCAAAUGUGACGCUGUCCCAGAGAGAACAGACAACCUUUAACCACCUUCAACGUUUUGUAAAAAAUGCUGAUGAAGACAAGGCCGAAAAAAUACUGCGUUUCUGCACCGGCUCUUCUGUAAUCUGUGUUGACAAAAUUCUCAUUUGUUUCAACACUGAAACCGGGCUUAAUAGAAGGCCUGUUGCUCGCACCUGUGGAGCUACCCUAGAACUUCCUUGCACUUAUAGUUCUUACCCAGACUUUCGCACAGAGUUCGACAACAUCCUCUCCAGUAAUUACUUUGAAAUGGACAUAAUUUGAAGUUGAUGGGAGGUAUUUACAGCACCUUUUUGUUUUGGUUGGAAAUUUUGAAUGCAGUUUUUUUUUUUUCUAAAUUUCAUAUUUAAA